AAAGAUCUUACCUUGACAGAUGAAGUAGCCCAUCGAGGGUUUUCCCAACAAAGUCUAUACGCUUAAGCUGUAGAACUCUUGCACGAAGGGAGACAAGCCGGUCAAAAUGCGUAAGCCAUGGUGAAUAGCCUGGAAAGGGAAGAGAGAAGGGGCGUGAUUGAAGAGUUAACAGCAACCUCGAUGCUCGGAGCGACAACACCUGCGACUGACCAUGAAUAUGAUCUCGGGGUUGUUUACAAAAAUGCUGAUCCGUCCACCCAGGGGCGCGGCUUGGAGCUCCCCCAGGCAGGGUGAAUUCGGUAGUCCUGUGUCCGAAAGUAGAUUCCUUUCGUCCAAUCCUGGUGCCAAUCAGCGGUCAUCAAGAAUCCUUACCUAUCAUCGUGGCUUCCAUCAACUGCUGAAUGCUCCAGAGACGAGAAAGCUGCACGGGUCCGCCAGAGCAGCCAAAAUCAAGAGUAAUUCAGCCGAGAGUCAAUUGCGAGGUGUCAACAUGUCUCACCUUGAAACAGCAGCGAGCGCGGCCAGUUCCACCAUCCCCUACUCCUAUGUAUGUACAUAUAUAGAAUACUCGAGCGGCGAGCCCCGCAUCAGUCCAGCGAAAGGCGCGCUAUCCCAACAACCCUGCUGCUUUUCUUGGUGGAACUUUGGCGUUUCACAGUUCAUACCUCUCCGCUGGAUCCAUAACCCACCUUGCCGAACAAUGCUAAUUGUUCGUGACAUUGUUCGAGCAGACCUAGUGCGUUGAUUCGAGCAGAGAGGCGUGCGUUGAAUAUUUUUCAAGCCGUUAUAAAAAUCUCAAUCAGCAGCGGGCUUUCGACCGUUUUCCCUCAUGAAGAGAUGAAUGCAUGUUCAAGCUGACCCAGCUCGGCCCCGAGCGUGGACUGCACACGCAGAUCUUCGGGCCGCGCCGAAAGCGUUCAGGCUCAGCUUGGUCAGGUCAAUGGGCCUGCUCGCAAGUCCUAAUAGUACUGAUCACUUC